GGGGGGGUGGGGGGGAACGGCGGCCGCGGGUGGUGCGGAGGGAGGCCUUGCGGGCGGAUCGGGCGCUUGGCGGCGGAGGUGGUGGGAGGCGGCGGGCGGGAGCGCGGGUCAGGCCGGCCCCGGCGAUGGCGGACGCAGCGGCCUCCCCGGUGGGCAAGCGGCUGCUGCUUCUGUUCGCGGACACUGCGGCCUCAGCCUCGGUCUCGGCCCCCACGGCGGCGGCGGCGGCGGCAAGCGGAGAUCCGGGGCCUGCGCUGCGCACUCGAGCCUGGCGGGCCGGCACGGUGCGGGCCAUGAGCGGGGCGGUGCCCCAGGACCUAGCGAUCUUUGUAGAAUUUGAUGGCUGUAACUGGAAGCAACACUCCUGGGUAAAAGUUCAUGCUGAAGAAGUUAUUGUGCUUUUGCUGGAAGGAUCUCUUGUAUGGGCACCCCGUGAGGACCCAGUCCUUCUCCAGGGCACUCGAGUCUCCAUUGGACAAUGGCCGGCCCUGACUUUUACUCCCCUAGUAGAUAAACUGGGUUUGGGAUCUGUGGUUCCAGUGGAAUAUCUUCUGGAUCGAGAGCUUCGGUUCCUGUCAGAUGCCAGUGGGUUGCAUCUGUUUCAGAUGGGAACAGAUAGCCAAAACCAGAUUCUUUUGGAACAUACUGCACUGAGAGAAACAGUUAAUGCUUUGAUCAGUGACCAAAAGCUACAAGAGAUAUUCAGCCGAGGUCCCUACAGUGUUCAAGGUCACAGGGUCAAAGUAUACCAGCCAGAGGGGGAAGAAGGAUGGCUCUAUGGUGUUGUGAGCCAUCAAGACUCCAUCACUCGUCUUAUGGAGGUGUCUUUAACUGAGAGUGGUGAGAUCAAGUCGGUAGAUCCCAGACUAAUCCAUGUGAUGCUGAUGGAUAAUUCAACGCCUCAAAGCGAGGGGGGUACGUUAAAAGCAGUAAAAUCUUCCAAAGGAAAGAAGAAGAGAGAAAGCAUAGAGGGGAAAGAUGGCCGGAGGAGGAAAAGUGCUUCGGACUCUGGGUGUGACCCUGCAUCAAAGAAAUUAAAAGGAGACAGGGGUGAAGUAGACAGUAAUGGGAGCGAUGGAGGUGAGGCAAGCCGAGGGCCCUGGAAAGGAGGGAAUGCCAGUGGAGACCCAGGGCUGGAUCAGAGAGCAAAGCAGCCACCGCCUACAUUUGUCCCCCAGAUUAACCGCAACAUUCGCUUUGCCACUUACACCAAAGAAAACGGCAGGACUCUGGUGGUGCAGGAUGAGCCUGUAGGUGGGGACACUCCUGCCUCUUUCACUCCGUAUGCUACGGCCACAGGUCAGACACCUUUGGCCCCAGAGUUGGGUGGAGCCGAAAACAAAGAGGCAGGAAAAACACUGGAACAAGUUGGCCAGGGCAUGGUGGCUUCGGCAGCUGUGAUCACUACUGCCAGCUCCACCCCAAACACAGUGAGGAUCUCAGACACUGGCCUUGCAGCAGGGACUGUGCUGGAAAAACAGAAAGGCAGCCGGCCGCAGGCCUCAGGAGAGAAUUCAAGAAAUUCUAUCCUGGCCUCUUCUGGAUUUGGAGCACCUCUCCCUUGUUCGUCACAACCUUUAACUUUUGGAAGUGGAAGGAGCCAGUCUAAUGGGGUUCUAGCCACAGAGAACAAAUCUUUGGGCUUCUCUUUUGGUUGUACCUCUGCACAAGAGUCUCAGAAAGACACUGAUCUCUCCAAAAACUUGUUUUUUCAAUGCAUGUCCCAAACUUUACCUACCAGUAACUACUUCACUACUGUUUCAGAGAGUUUGGCUGAUGAUUCCUCUAGUCGGGACUCAUUCAAACAAAGCCUUGAGAGCCUGAGCUCAGGCCUGUGUAAAGGCAGAUCCGUUCUUGGAGCAGACACUAAGCCAGGCUCUAAGGCUGGCAGCUCUGUGGACCGGAAAGUGCCUGCAGAGUCCAUGCCCACCCUCACUCCAGCCUUCCCACGGAGCCUCCUAAAUACCCGCACCCCCGAGAAUCAUGAAAAUCUAUUUUUACAACCCCCCAAAUUGUCCCGAGAAGAGCCUUCUAAUCCUUUCCUGGCAUUUGUGGAGAAAGUUGAACACAGCCCUUUCAGCAGCUUUGCAUCUCAGGCAUCAGGUAGCUCCUCUUCUGCUACCACUGUCACCUCCAAGGUGGCACCAAGCUGGCCCGAGUCUCACUCCUCUGCAGAUUCAGCAUCUUUAGCAAAGAAGAAACCUCUCUUCAUUACAGCUGACUCCUCCAAGCUAGUAUCUGGUGUUCUGGGCUCAGCUCUUACCACUGGGGGCCCAAGCCUCUCUGCCAUGGGGAAUGGCCGCUCCAGCUCUCCCACCAGCAGCCUCACUCAGCCCAUUGAGAUGCCAACUCUCUCCUCCAGCCCCACAGAGGAGAGGCCAACUGUGGGGCCUGGGCAGCAGGACAAUCCCCUCCUCAAAACCUUUAGUAAUGUCUUUGGCAGGCACUCAGGCGGCUUUCUGUCCUCCCCGGCAGAUUUUUCACAGGAGAACAAAGCUCCUUUUGAAGCUGUGAAAAGGUUCUCACUGGAUGAGCGAAGCUUGGCUUGCAGACAGGACUCGGACUCCAGCACCAACAGUGACCUGUCAGAUUUGAGUGACUCUGAGGAGCAGCUGCAGGCUAAGACUGGUCUGAAGGGGAUUCCAGAGCACCUGAUGGGGAAGCUGGGCCCCAAUGGGGAGCGCAGUGCUGAGCUGUUGCUGGGCAAAAGCAAAGGGAAGCAGGCCCCCAAGGGCCGGCCUCGGACCGCCCCCCUGAAAGUUGGCCAGUCAGUGCUGAAAGAUGUAAGUAAAGUGAAGAAGCUGAAGCAGUCUGGAGAGCCCUUCCUUCAGGAUGGGUCGUGCAUCAACGUGGCACCUCAUCUGCAUAAGUGUCGUGAAUGCCGCCUGGAGCGGUACCGGAAGUUUAAGGAACAGGAGCAAGAUGAUUCUACUGUAGCCUGCCGCUUCUUUCACUUCCGGAGGUUGAUCUUCACUCGAAAGGGGGUACUCCGUGUGGAGGGGUUUCUAAGCCCCCAGCAAAGUGACCCUGAUGCCAUGAACCUGUGGAUUCCCUCUUCCUCCCUAGCAGAAGGAAUAGAUCUAGAGACCUCAAAAUACAUCCUGGCCAAUGUUGGGGACCAGUUCUGUCAGCUCGUAAUGUCUGAGAAGGAGGCCAUGAUGAUGGUGGAGCCACACCAGAAAGUGGCAUGGAAGCGAGCUGUGCGAGGUGUACGGGAGAUGUGUGAUGUGUGUGAAACAACUCUCUUCAAUAUCCACUGGGUUUGUCGUAAAUGUGGAUUUGGGGUCUGUCUUGACUGUUACCGGCUCAGGAAAAGCCGGCCUCGCAGCGAGACGGAAGAGAUGGGUGAUGAAGAAGUUUUCUCCUGGUUGAAGUGUGCAAAGGGACAGUCCCACGAACCAGAGAAUCUCAUGCCCACACAAAUUAUUCCUGGCACAGCUCUUUACAAUAUUGGAGACAUGGUACAUGCUGCCCGGGGCAAAUGGGGAAUUAAAGCAAACUGCCCGUGUAUCAGUCGACAGAACAAAUCUGUGCUAAGACCUGCCGUCACCAAUGGGAUGUCACAGCUUCCUAGUAUAAACCCUAGUGCCUCUUCUGGAAACGAAACUACCUUCUCAGGCGGAGGAGGACUGGCAGCAGUAACAACUCCAGAGCCGGACCAUGUUCCCAAAGCCGACAGCACUGACAUCAGAUCUGAAGAACCUCUGAAAACAGACAGUUCAGCAUCAAAUAGCAAUAGUGAACUGAAAGCCAUCAGGCCUCCUUGCCCUGACAUGGCCCCACCUUCCUCCGCCCUGCACUGGUUGGCAGAUUUAGCAACCCAGAAAGCUAAAGAAGAAACAAAAGAAGCAGUUUCGCUCUUGUUGCCCAGGUUGGAGUACAAUGGCACGAUCUCAGCUCACCACAACCUCUGCCUACUGGGUUCAAGCAAUUCUCCUGCCUCAGCCUCCCAAGUAGCUGGAAUUACAGAAGCAGGGUCCCUGAGGUCGGUGCUCAAUAAAGAGUCUCAUUCACCCUUUGGGCUGGACUCAUUCAACUCCACUGCAAAGGUCUCUCCGUUGACUCCAAAGCUUUUUAACAGUCUGUUGCUGGGUCCCACUGCCUCCAACAAUAAAACCGAAGGCUCUAGCCUUCGAGACCUCCUUCACUCCGGGCCUGGAAAACUUCCUCAAACCCCUUUGGACACAGGCAUACCUUUCCCCCCGGUCUUCUCUACAUCCUCAGCAGGAGUGAAGAGCAAGGCCAGCCUACCCAACUUUCUUGACCACAUCAUUGCCUCAGUGGUAGAAAAUAAGAAAACCUCAGAUGCUUCAAAGCGGGCCUGCAACUUAACUGAAACCCAGAAGGAAGUGAAGGAAAUGGUGAUGGGGUUAAAUGUGCUAGAUCCCCAUACUUCUCACUCCUGGCUCUGUGAUGGGAGGCUUCUGUGUCUCCAUGAUCCCAGCAACAAAAACAAUUGGAAGAUCUUCCGGGAGUGUUGGAAGCAAGGUCAGCCAGUGCUGGUUUCGGGGGUACAUAAAAAGCUCAAGUCUGAGCUCUGGAAGCCAGAAGCCUUUAGCCAGGAAUUUGGAGACCAGGAUGUGGACUUGGUGAACUGCAGGAACUGUGCUAUAAUUUCCGACGUGAAAGUUCGGGAUUUCUGGGAUGGUUUCGAGAUCAUAUGCAAACGACUACGGUCAGAAGAUGGGCAGCCAAUGGUGCUCAAACUCAAGGACUGGCCUCCUGGGGAAGAUUUUCGAGACAUGAUGCCAACGAGGUUUGAAGAUCUGAUGGAGAACCUUCCUCUGCCAGAAUAUACCAAACGAGAUGGCAGGCUCAAUCUGGCCUCUAGGCUACCUAGCUACUUUGUAAGGCCUGAUCUGGGCCCCAAGAUGUACAACGCCUAUGGGUUGAUAACAGCAGAAGAUAGAAGAGUUGGUACAACAAAUCUACACUUAGAUGUGUCUGAUGCGGUUAAUGUGAUGGUGUAUGUUGGGAUUCCCAUCGGGGAGGGUGCUCAUGAUGAAGAGGUACUCAAGACAAUUGAUGAGGGAGAUGCUGAUGAGGUGACAAAGCAGAGGAUUCAUGAUGGAAAAGAGAAGCCAGGUGCUUUAUGGCACAUCUAUGCAGCCAAGGAUGCAGAGAAGAUCCGGGAGCUGCUUAGAAAGGUUGGAGAAGAACAAGGCCAAGAGAACCCCCCUGAUCAUGACCCAAUUCAUGACCAAAGUUGGUACCUGGACCAGACCCUCCGUAAGAGACUCUAUGAAGAGUAUGGCGUGCAAGGCUGGGCUAUCGUGCAGUUCCUAGGUGAUGCUGUUUUCAUACCUGCUGGAGCCCCACACCAGGUUCACAAUCUAUACAGUUGCAUAAAAGUAGCAGAAGACUUUGUAUCUCCAGAACAUGUAAAGCACUGUUUCCGCCUGACUCAGGAAUUCAGGCAUCUCUCUAACACUCAUACAAAUCAUGAGGAUAAACUGCAGGUGAAGAACAUCAUUUACCAUGCAGUGAAAGAUGCAGUUGGCACCCUCAAGGCUCAUGAAUCCAAACUUGCAAGGUCCUAGGCAUGGAGAAACUCCAAACUUCCCUGUGAAGCAGGUCUUUCACUCACAACACUUACAGGGAACGGCAGGGCUCUUUGCUGGAGCAGAAGCCCUUCACCCGGAGCCAGUGUGGUCAGUAUUCCAAACUCUCCAGCCACUCUCUUCUAUGCUGCCUCAACACCGAAGGUUGACACAGGAAAGUCGUACUGUUCACACAUACAGUUUCAGACUCCAAGCCAAGAGUGCCACAUCCCCAUCCUGUGGGCUUUUGGGAAUCCAAAUUGCCUGAACACGGCGGGGCUUUCCUGCACAUUCUCCUGAUUUGAGAUUCAUGGGCACACCUUUCUUUUCUUUUCUUCUUGUGCCUAGUUAAAUGGGAAUGUGUUUGGAGGUCAGGGAAAUCACAUAACUGGUACAAGUAGGGGGUAAUUGCUUAAACAUGCCUGGUGGAAGCCUGAUAGCGUCUCUGCACAUGACCUCUGACGAGGCCCAUCCCAGGAGACGGGGUGAAGCCAUUCCCCACACUCUCCUGUGAACACUGGAGCCUUGCAGGGCCCAGGGAGAACCCACUGCUUUUCCCAGGAGGCUCCAGGAUUAGGAAAUGUGUGUAUUUAGUGAAAAAUAGGUUUGUAGUGAAAUAGUUACUAUUUCAUGAAAGUAGAUAUUUUUAGAAUUUUUGAAAUACCACAGUUGUUUUCCUGGAUUAUGAGGAAAGGCACAUUACAUUUAGUCUUCCUUUCGAUAUAAAACUCUUUGAAGAAAUAUGAUUUUUAGAAAUCAUCUACCCAUUAUAGCACAAAAUCAGCCAAAGCAGAAUUUCUUAAAAUUGGCUUUUUUUAGGAUUCUUUUAGUUUCUCCCCCUCCCAUCUUAGUCUUACCUUGGGGAACUGUCAUAUGAGAAGGAACUUUGUCACCUCUGAGCUGUGGUGUGUUCCCUGGGGAUUCCUCACAUUUCCAAAUGGGAAGGACAGUUGAUUUCCAACAUGAGGUUUUUUUUUUUGUCCAGAAAUAUUUUCAGCAAAACUUUCCAACUGAGUGGAGUCUGAUUAAGGAUUUAUUUGAAAAUGAUGGAAUUCAUUGACCCAUAGGUACAUUGGAAAAUGUAUCUCUCUCCAGCUGUACUGUAGUGCCCUGCAGGCUGUUUAUAUGUUCACAGUUACUUUUUUUUUUUUUUUUUAAUAAAAGUCAUUUACUGUAGAAUACUUUUAAUUUCACUUUCUGUAUUUUAAUUUUGUUGAAGGGCUGAUUGGGAUUUCCAUGUUCUUAUUAAAAAUCUAACAAAUC